CACUGCAGCGCCGCCGGCAUGAACUUGGCCGCGAGCUGAAGCAGCCGGCGGCGGGCGGGCGCGGGGGCACCGGCCGCUAGCCAGGGGGUGAUCCGCAACCGGGCCGGGCCGCUCCGCUCGGCGGGUGCCCGAGGCCAGGCUGCCUGCGCCGGCGGCCGCCCGCCCCUCGGGCACUGCCCCCGCCGCCGCCGAGGGAGCUCCGCAGCACGCCCUGUGUCUAGGUCGUUUGGGAAGCGCCUUGGAGAGUCAAGAAUAAAAUUGCAGGUCAAACAAUGGAUGACUGGAAAAGUCGGCUUGUAAUCAAGAGCAUGGUUCCCCAUUACGCCGUGGUGGGAAAUCGUCAGGAGCCCAGAAAGCUCCAGGAAUCGGGAACCUUUAAAAGGAGACAGGAAGCAGAUAAUUUCCAGUUUCCAGGCAUGGCUGACGGGGGUUACCCUAAUAAAAUCAAGAGGCCCUGCCUGGAAGAUGUCACCCUUUCUAUGGGCCCCAGUGCCCACCCCAGCACGUCGUGCGCAGAGCUGCAGGUCCCUCCGCUGACAAUGAACCCUAGUCCCGCAGCUGUGGGAGUAGCAAGCCACUCGUUACCGCUCGAGACUAAUCCCCUGAACGGCAGCGUCAUGGGCUCGCCAUUCGUGGUGCCACCCGCUGCAGAGCUGGGAGUCAAAGGGCCUGCCGGUCCCUACUACGACAAAGCCGGCAGCGUGCCAGCCGUGGACCAGGAACUUCAAGAUCUCCUGGAGGAGCUAACAAAGAUUCAAGAACCUUCUCCAAAUGACCUGGAUCUUGAGAAGAUACUGGGGAGCAAGCCAGAAGAACCACUGGUCCUAGAGCACCCGCAGGCGACCCUUGGUGCACCUGCCAAGCCUUCGGCUGCGAUGCCUCACCUGGAGAGCCUGGCCACCAGCAAGGAGUUCGCCUCCAGCUGCAGCCAGCUGCCCGGCGCCGCCACGUCGCUUCACGUCCCACCCUCCCCAGGGGGGCUCAACUACGUGAUCCCCUCGGCCAGUAAGCAGGUAGCCUCCCCGGGCUCUUCGGCGGCGGCGGCGGCGGCGGCGGCGGCGGCGGCAGCGGCGGCAGCAGCAUCGCAGGCCAAGAGCCAGGUCCAGGGGAUGCUCCCCAUCACCGUGCCCGCCCUCCCGGUGCAUCAGUGGCAUCACGCCCACCAGCUGAAGGCACUGGCGGCCAGCAAGCAGGGGGCCACUGCCAGGCAGCCGGGGACCACCCCCAGCUGGUCGAGCCUGCCGCCGCCCGGCCUGUCCCCAUCCUACCGCCCGGUGCCAUCGCCACACCCGCCACCACCGCCACCACCGCCGCCGCCGCCGCCGCCGCCGCCGCCGCCGCAGUUCAGCCCGCAGAGCCUCAUGGUGUCCUGCAUGGCGUCCAGCAACCUGCCGGGGAGCUCGUUCCAAGCCUCCCCCAACGCCUUACUCGCCAGCAUGGCCUCGGCCAGCAGCGCCAGCCUCGGGCCCCCCAUGCUCUACACUCCCGACAAGCUCCCCAGCCCUGCGCUCAGCCAGCAGCCGCCCUUCAGCCCGCAGAGCUCCAUCCUGGCCAACCUGGUGUCCUCGGGCGUCAAGAGCCCCCCGAGCCACCUGCUGUCCGCUCUGCCCACCAGCAACCCGGGGCCGUCGCCGCCCUACCGGCCCGAGAAGCUGUCCAGCCCGGGCCUGCCGCAGCAGUCCUUCACCCCACAGUGCUCCCUGAUCCGGAGCCUCACCCCCUCCUCCAGCAACCCGCUCGCGCAGCCGCCGCCGCCGCCGCCCCCACCGCCCCAGCAGCCGGCGAAUGCCAUCUUCAAGUCCAUGACCACCAACUCACCCAAGACCCUGAGCAUGAUCAUGCAGCAGGGGCUGGCCAGCCCCGGCCCGGGAGCCCCGGAGCCCUUUACUUUUGGCAACACCAAGCCCCUGUCGCAUUUCGUGUCCGAGCCGGGCCCCCAGAAGAUGCCCUCCGUGCCCGCCGCCUCUCGGCAGCCGUCCCUGCUCCACUACCUGCAGCAGCCGCCGCCGACCUCUUCGGCCACCGCCUCGUCCACCACCACGGCCACCUUGCAGCUGCAGCAGCAGCAGCAGCAACAGCAGCAGCAACAGCAACAGCAGCAGCAGCAGCAGCAGCAGCCCGACCACUCCUCGUUCCUCCUGCAGCAGAUGAUGCAGCAGCCCCAGCGCUUUCAGCGGUCAGUGGCCCCGGACUCCAUGCCUUCUCUGCCCAGACAGCAAGAGAAGCAGAGAUCAGGUCUUAUGGCAAUGACCCCUGAACAGCGGAGAGCGUAUAUUGCCCAACAGAUGAGUCAAUUUCAAGCCGUCCAAGAACAAGUCACCUCCAAGUGUAGCCAGACCAAGGCAAGCCCCCCAUCCAGUCAGCCCAUGAUGCCACCCAGAGGUGGGCUCCUUCUGAAAAACCUGAGUCCAACAAUGAUCCCACCCACUAGGCACCAGAGCCAUGAGGGCAGGGGCCUGGCCUCACCGACUCCGGGCAAGCAGCAAGAAAUUUUCCACUGCAGCCCCCCAUUUCCCAUACCCUCACACGCAGGCCAGAACCCCCUGGGCGGCCUCGGCCCCAGCUGCCGCCGGCUGCAGAUUCCCAAGGCCUCCCCCUCAGAAGCGCCCCUGCCUGGGUUCUGCCCCAGACCCCCGGGCAGCCAGUCCCCGAGUCCCCACCAGCUCAGAGAGCCCCGUGUGCCAAGAAUGCCCGCAGCGCUUAACAGUGCGGCGUGGGUGGUGGCGGUCGCCAGGGGGCCUCCCCUGGGCCAUGUAGAUGAUAGCGACUCGCAGCACUUUGAGAGCAACUCUGUCUUGGCCCAGGCACCCACUAGAGUCCCCCUGGUAGCCCCCGCAUUUCCAUCGCAGGCAGGUGGGCCCCCCAAUCAGGUGGCCCCAGGAGGCAGGCCUGGCCAGAAGGUGAACGCUGCUCUGCUCAACCCCUGCUUCAGCCUGCUGGGCAACCAGAGCCCCCGCCAGAGCCCUGUGCGGGGUCCUGUGCCUGUGCUCAGUGCCAGCAAGUCCCCCCAGCAGGGCCUGGCCAGCUUUGCUCCCCUGAGUCCCAUACAGGGCAUCGAGCCGCCCAGCUAUGUGGCCGCCGCCGCCACCGCCGCCGCCGCUGCCGCCUCUGCCAUGGCCGCCAGCCAGUCCCCAGGUCCCCUUGGCAGAAUGGGCGCCCCUCCCGAGCUGCCACCCUACGGCUUUUUGCCCCCGCCCCAGCACCCCUUCGAUGGCCUGAUCUCACCCCCGGACUGCAGUGAGGCGGAUUUCAUCGAAGAUCUCUUGAAAGGCCCCAGCGUGAGCCUAGAGGAAGGCUGGGUGUGCAACCUGAGGCUGAUCGAUGACAUUCUGGAAGAGCACGCCGCUGCCACUGAGGCCGGCGCCGCCGAGGCCGCCGCCCGGAGCCCCGGGGGAUUUUAAGUGCCCGCAGAACCUCCCGCGUCCACGCCGCCUUCGGCCGGGCGCGGAGCCUCCGCAAAUUCACAACCGGCCACACGCCCUUUCCUCAUCGCAGUGCGCGUGGCAUCCGCCUGUGCUCAUCCCUCUCUCUACCUGUGACAAAAUGGAAAGCUGGUGAUUUUUCAAGCUACCUGUACAUAUUUGAAAAUUUUGUAAAUGGUUUUCCUAAACGUUAAUGACAGAAGUAUUUAUACUUCAUUUUGUGACUUUGUAAAUAAAGUGACGGCUUUCGUUUCAGUAGAGUUGUGUUUAUUAUGCAUUGUUUGUGUUUAUUAUACAUUGUCGCAAAUAAUGCAGGCUGUGUUCUCUGGUCCAGCUCCCUUGUUAAGCUCAGCGCUACCUUCGAAGCCAGGUGGUCGAGUCCGCUUGUGGUUUUGAUGCAGUGAGAAGUGGAUGUGAUCAAGAGGCGGUGUCCGAAGUGACAAACGCCAAAUAGAAAACCCUUGGCCAAUUAUUGCUAUUUUCUCUAAAAAUUCUAUCGUCUUGUGUGAUUCUUAAACUCUUUUGCAAGCCCGUCAAGUCUCCGCUGGCUCUUAACUGAUGCGCAUAUUAGGGCAAGCUUUACAAGUGCCCCUCGGAGGAAAUUUGCCCCGAGCCUAAGAGUUCUGCAGAUUUGGGAGGCGUGGAGAGAGGGCCUGUGAGCUGAACACGGGCCGGGCCGCUGUCCACCUUGAGGAUCCAGAGUGUCCUCCUUAUCGUUCAGACAGAGAACCCCCAGGCUCGCACUUCUGCAGUGGCACUUUGCAGGGCGGAGGUGAGAUGCUCCUGGUUCAAAGCCUCUCAGUAUUUGUUUUCA